AUGCAAUUAGGCAAAGUACUAACGAGUUUGACUCAUACUCAUGAUUAUGCAACAGAAUACAUUCCACCAAUAAUGACCAACAUUAAACCUGGAUGGACUACCGAUAAGAGGUCCAAAUUUGAUACCGACCAAGUGAAUCUCCAAAGCGAUGGUAAUCAACCAGUGUUACCUGGGGUGACAUUCUUAUCGGACCUUUUAAAAGAUAUAGAUAUUAAGCGACAGACUGGUUAUACUGAUGCGGAUCCCUUCCGAAUGCCAAAAUCCUAUGCACAUGUACCGCACGAGUACCUAGCGGCCGAUGGUUUCCCAAAGUCAUACUGCUGGCUUGACCCUGCAUGCAAAUCUGCUGUACCGAGCAAGGAAAAUCCAAACGAAGGUAAAGGAGGCGUCGUGCGAAGAGCACUCGACUGGUAUUGGGAACAAAAGACCGAGGGUGUCCCUUCAAACCCUCCUCUUCACCUUGUAAAAAGGAGGCGAAAACCAGGCACACGACAUGCCAAGAGGGCUAGGAAGAACUUGGAUUCUAAAGCAACUGACCAGUCGCCUCACUCAGCCAACCGCACCGAGAAAACGUAUGAUGGCCUGCGCUACAGGCUUAAUGAUCCUGUACUUCCGUAUGAGAAUUAUGACCGCACCAUGGAAAUAAUCUUCAACACCUAUAAGAUUAUAACCCAUGGAAAAGGUCAAUUCGUCGAUCGGGAUACAAAUGAACUUAUUUUUACGUACGCAUUUGAAGAUUUGGAAUCUUUGUCACCAGAUGAGCUUGAGAAGCAUCAAAACGACGUCUCAACAAUCUUGAUGUCCACCAAGCUCUUCAAGAGGUUGCCAACACCUAUACCUUUGGAAUCUCCUACUUACGUUCCAAAAUCCGAUGCUCCUUUACCUAUGCAAUCCUCCAAAACAGAUCGUGAUGACUCAUCUCCGCCUUCCUCACCUCUUACGUCGCUUCCUCCUUUGGAUGAAGAAACGGAUGAAGAGGCUGACGAAGUCCAACACCUUCCUACAAGCACAAACCUGGUACCCCGUCCUGGCCCCUUACAUUAUGAUAGGUCCUCCUCCCCAUUAACCUCGCUCCCCCCUUUGGAUGCGGAAGAUGGCGCCAAUUCCAAAAAGAAAAACCCUAAGGUCCUCAGCAUUGCAAAAGCGGGUAAUCAAUCGGUGACAACCCAAAAAAAGUCAAUCGACACUGCUACUACAAUUUCUAAGAAACGCAAGCGAUCCGUAACGACUAAUGGUGCUCUGCUUCAUGGGAGAAUGCACUGUUUUGGUCAAACAGUAGGAUACUCGCGCGAUAUCCUCAUAUCACCUUAUACUCCUGCUUACGGCUCCUCCCGAACAUUGUAUAAGGCCUUCUUAGACAGGCUACCUGACUUUGGUGCACGAAUAGGAGGGAGAUUCAAAAGCUUUUGCGAUGAAGGCUUUCUUGUUGCUCGCCAGCAACUUAACCAACUCCACGCCCCUUCAAUGGCAUCCACCUCCAAGUAUCAACCAAGCGGACCUCUCGACUUUGGUGCAAACUUUGCUUUCACCUUGGGUAACUUUUAUAACAAACCUCAUACUGAUAAUGAAAAAGGCAAGGUAUAUUGUCUAUGGUAUCCGAUUGAUAGUAUUAGUGGUCAAAUUGUCACGCAAAGCGAAGGUUUCGAGCUUGAAGGAGGGUGGUUUAUAUUCCCUGAAUAUAGAGUGGCUAUCAACUUUGGUGGUAAGUCUGCGGUCCAGAUCGCUUGGAAUGGCAAAUCGACAUUUCAUCAUACUAUUCCUUCCAAAGAAUCCAUUCAGUUGAACAAACGUGGUGAGAAGGUUCAUUACACGCGCCUGGGGUGUUCUUCGCAAAUUACUUACAAGAUUGCCCGUGCAAGUGUCAAGAUCGGGACGAAUGAACAGUACAAUUAUACAUCGAACUGUGAGCGUAAAGUUAGGGAUGUUGAUGAUAUUUUGGAAUUACCAGAUAAAAGGUGGAAGAAAUGA